AUGGACCUAGCUCUGCUCCAUGAGACUGUCGCCGCCAACAUCUCUGCGUACUUUGAGAUAGAAAUUCCACACCGCUCUGCCCGAGACCACUACGAGUCCAUGUUGGAAACGUUCAAGUCAACCGACAGGGCGCAACGACUGUGGGGAACGGGCAGCGAAGAAGAGGUUACGGAGCAAGUUGAGCUGUUGCAGAACCUUGCCGACCGCCGCGAGGCAAAGGAUGAAGCAAAGAAGGCAAAGAAAGAGAAGGAGCAGAAACGGCGUGACGCAAUGGAAUUGACGGGGUUUCAAUUGUGCCUGGAGGCAGAACAGCGUGUCGCCAAAUCGAGCAUCUCCAGCAAUAACACUUUCCAAGGUCACCAAGGUCUGGUAUUUGACGGCAUGGCGUCGUUUGUGCCCAUUGUACACUAUCCGCUGUCGCUCGUUUCCCUCCGGCCGGCAGCACUCUCAAAGAUGAUUUUCGGCAAAGUUGGAGUAAAUGCGGUCGAGCAUGUGCAGAAAUAUGUUGCAAAGGCCACUUCGAGCACGGCCAAACAUAGUGAUAAGGUCGGACCAUCGAUCGGGGCCUGCAAAACGGCGGAGCAGGAUACAGAGAGCCUCGACACCACUGCAAGUGGUUCGUUCUGGGGUAAUGACGCGUGGUGGGAUGCGAAGGAAAGUGACAAGGGAUCGCAAGGGAUCGCAAGGGAUCGCAGGUUUGAUUUCGUGAAGCGGAACUUGGCGAGGCAGUCGGUAUCGAUUCUACACCGCGAGCACAGGAUUGUGCGCAAAAUCGACAGGAUACAAGAGUUGAUCGAUUCCUACGGCAUAGCGAAGGAUUUCAUCGGUCAAACCGACGAAGGCUUGUUGUCCGCUGCAGAUGAACGCUUUCACGACCCGACUGCUCCAGGCUACUUGGUCGAAGUUGAUACAAUUCGGGAUAAGUGCUUCAAGUUGUGCAAGCAUUGGGAUGUGCUCGAAAAGAUCAUCGGCGAUAGAGCAUCGGCCCGGCUUCUUCUCCGGUCAAGUAACGAAGACGAUGACGACUAUUCAGUCGACAUGCUAAACACAUCCACAUUGUCUGAUAAUGUUGACGAGAAUAUCGUAACUGCAAACAAAACGGCGGAAUACGUUCCAGGCUCGCCCCCCAUAGCCACCGGAAAAAGAAAGAGCGAACCGGACAAGUUUGGAUUUAGCUCGGGGAAGAAGAAGCUGAACACCGAAUUCGUUGGCAAGAGAAGUUUCAGCGUCGGCGAGAGCCUGAUGCAGGGGCUUAAGGCGCAGGCUCAAAGUUCAGGCAUAUUUGUCUCCCGGGAGGUGCUGGCGAGCCGCGCGGCGGAAUUGGAGCUCCGAAAGGAAAAUGAAGAUCGACAUUUCAUGCUGCGCAAGCGUGAAAUAGACCUAAAGGCCAAUGAGCUCAGGCACAAGCAAAUUAUUGAAGAGGCACGUCUCAUAUCGUCCAUGUCGUUUGAUAAUGCGGAUGUGACGGAGUAUUUUCGUGAUGGAUUGUCCAAAAUUCAAUAA